AUGGCGGCAAAAGAUACAAUGCGGGCGGUGGUGUUCAAGGGCAAAUUGCACGUCGAGAUCGAAGACAGACCAAUUCCCAAAAUUGAGGAUCCAAAGGACAUCGUUGUCAAGGUGCGAUAUACAGCACUGUGCGGAAGUGAACUCCACGUCUUCCGUGGCCAUCAACCAUCCGACACUGGCUUCAUCAUGGGCCACGAAUUCACCGGCGAGGUGGUCGAAACGGGAUCCGAUGUCAAGACUGUGAAGAAGGGAGAUAAAAUCGUCACCCCGUUCACCAUCAGCUGUGGCGAAUGCUUCUACUGCAAAGGGGGCUUCUCGUCCCGCUGCACAAAGGGCAAGUUGUUCGGCUCGCCCCUGCUCGACGGCGGCCAGGCCGAGUACUGCCGGAUCCCUCUGGCGGAUAGCACUGUGGUCAAGGCACCUCCCAACAUUGACGAGGACAAGCUCGUGUUGAUGGCCGACAUUUUCCCCACGGGGUAUUUUGCGGCGGCCAACGCGUUCCGCGGGUUCGACGAAGCAACCAUCCGGCAGAGCGUCGUUGUCCUCAUCGGCUGCGGGCCUGUGGGACUGUGUGGCGUGGUGAGUGCCCUAGAGUACAAGCCACGAGCACUGCUUGCUGUCGACGGCGUGGAAUCCCGACUACAGCUGGCGAAGAAGCUCGGUGCCGAACCGUGGAACUACCAGACCGACAUGGACGGGUUGAAGAAGAGGGUGCUGGAGCUCACAGACGGGCGUGGCGCCGAUACGGCAAUUGAGAUUGUCGGUCACAGUGAUGCGCUGAAGAUGGCCUUUGACCUCUUGAGACCGUGGGGGAACAUCUCCAGUGUCGGCGUCCACAACGCAGAGAUCCCCUGGACCGGCAACCAAGCGUACGGAAAGAACCUGAGGAUCCAGAUGGGCCGGUGUCCCGUUCGAAGUCUUUUUGAACCAGCCCUGGAACUCCUUGCGAAGGUGCAGCACAAGCUAGACUUCAUGACGGAUUGCGUGCAACCUUUGUCAGAAGCAGUCGACUAUUACGAUCAAUUCAAUCGGAUGUUGGUUCAAAAGGUUGUUUUUGAGGCAGACAAGUAG